AUGAGGCUCCUCGAAACCGCCCCGGCCGCGGUCCCCAAACUCCACGAAUUCAUUGGCUCCCACACCCCGGCCUACGCCAUCCUCUCGCACACCUGGGACGCCGACGAAGUCACGCUCCAACAGCUCGCCGCCGCCGACCUGUUCGCCCUGCGCGGCAGCGCGCGUUUUGACAAAAUACAGGGGGCCUGCGCGCUGGCCCGCACGCGCGAUGCGCUCGACUACGUGUGGGUCGACACUUGCUGCAUCGACAAGACGAGCAGCGCCGAGCUGUCCGAGGCUAUUAAUUCCAUGUUUGCGUGGUAUCGCGACGCGGCGGUGUGCUAUGUGUAUCUGAGCGACCUCAAGCCGGGCGAGUUCCGGGAUUUGUUUAGGGACUUGCCUGCGUGUCGCUGGUUCACGCGGGGAUGGACACUGCAGGAGUUGGUGGCGCCAAGGAAGGUCUUGUUCUUUGACCGGGAAUGGAAUUAUCGGGGGAGUAAGAAAGAGCUGGCGCAGCUUCUUGAGACGAUUACGAAUAUUCCCAUGGCGGUGCUUCGCCACGAAGCGGAGUUGAACCAUUUUGCAGUGGCGCGGAGGAUGUCUUGGGCCGCGAACAGGGAGACUACGCGGGUGGAGGACGUGGCGUAUUGCCUCCUGGGAAUCUUUGACGUCAACUUGUCCCUCAUCUACGGCGAAGGUAUCAAGGCCUUUGCCCGGCUCCAGGCUGCGAUUCUCCAAAGCACCCCGGAUUUGAGCAUCUUUGCCUGGGUGGACUACUCGAUCACCCGUCGUGAAUAUGCCGGUAUCCUGGCUAACGGUCCCGCACAGUUUGCCCACUGUAAGGAAAUGGGAGCGGCGGUGGGAGACUUGGCCCACGCUAACUUCACCAUGACAACAAGGGGGAUACAAACAGACGCCAGCCUGAUUUCGGCCAGGAGCCAUGAAACAAUGAGGUCGGCCGUUGUCCUGGAUACUCGUUGUCUUAUGGGAGGUAUAUUCAUCGGGGUGCAUAUCCGGAAGAUUGGCGGCAGCUUGUAUGCCAGGUUCAAGCCUUAUACACUGUUUAGGGCGGACGAAGCUUCUUCUAGCUGGGAGUGGACAUCGGUUGAAACGCUGACUCUGGCCACCAACCUCCCCACACGGUUCCCCUUCCAUACAGGCAUCGAUCCUGUGGUGGGAAACAGGUGUUCGACUCUCCGCGUCAUAUUCCGGCCGUUUAACGAAAGGAACGCUCAACAAAUGCCCAGAAGCCACUUCGACACUGAGCAAGGAGCCUUCUUUUCCUGUGACCCCGACACCAAAGGGUGGUGCGCGUGUGUCAAGGAAGGAAGCUUGACUGGCGGGAGUGUUCAUAACAUCAACAGCAAUGUUGAUUUGACGCUGUUCUUUGCCUGCUUUGGGUGGGACACCGAGACUCCCGUUGUUGUGUUGGCGAGUCUUAACGGGAUGAACCCCGCGACGGGAAUGUUGUUAAAGUCUCUCCUAACUUUCCAGUUGGGCCAGGUGAAGUUCGAGAGCUGGCGUCAGGCACAAGAUCUUGUCCUUGGUGCCUUCGGGGACAACCUGGUGUAUAGGGGACCGGUACUGACGAACUCCAGGACAAUAUACUUGUACGAGGGAUCCAGCCCGUGGACUCAACUACAUUCCUUCUUCCGGGUGCAGCUCAAAAUGUGGAAAGAGAUUCACCGCGACGUUUCUUUCUAUCCAACCACGAUGUUUGAGAUCUUUUUUUCACUUGAUGUCACGUCACUUCAGCCUCUACGGUUGAUGUUGGAACCAUAG